CGAUGCCUAUCUCUGAUCUCAGGAUGUGGACUCUACUGCUUGGGGUUAUUUUCGGACUUCUGGCACCUGUUCAGUCCGACCCUGUUCCUGUCUCGACAGAACCUCCCGCUCUGGCUGCUGGGGAUUUUCUUGGGGAAACUUUCAAGGUCUUCAAGAAGCUUGUAGUGGGUCCCCCGGAUGCCACCAAUGGAACAUCCAGCAGUGACGAAACAGUGGACCUAGAUCAUUUGGUGACCCCUGACCCUGUGACAUCUGACCCGGAAGACCAACUGCCCACCUUUGACCCAGAGGAGGGCAGCACAGAUGAGACAGAGGGCAGCACUACAGAGGGCAGUAUGAAACACCCCACUUCAGGACAAGAUGAUGAAGGGGAGCUGUUUGAUGCCAACCUUAAACCUAGCUUUAACCUCCGCCCCAGUCCAACUCCUCGCCCCAGUCCAACUCCUCGCCCCAGUCCAAGUGAUAGACCUGAUUCACCAGAGGAAGAUGAAAUGAUCCUGGAUACCGAAAGCCCCACAGCAGAGUUUGUCCCCACAGCAGAGUUUGUCCCCACAGUAGAGUUUGUCCCCACAGCAGAGUUUGUCCCCACAGCAGAGUUUGUCCCCACAGCAAAGAUUGUCCCCACUGCAGAGUUUGUCCCCACAGUAGAGUUUGUCCCCACAGCAGAGUUUGUCCCCACUGCAGAGUUUGUCCCCACAGCAGAGUUUGUCCCCACAGCAGAGUUUGUCCCCACAGCAGAGUUUAACCCCACCACUGAUUUGGAAGAUGUUACUGCAGAGUUUGUCCCCACAGCCCCAGUUUGUCCCUCACAGCAGAGUUUGUCCCCACAGCAGAGUUUGUCCCCCAGCAGAGUUUAUCCAACUCAGAUGUUUAACCCCACCACUGAUUUUUCAUGA